UCUCACAACGAGUUCGAGAGCUGUGGUCGGCUCGGACGGUGGUUAACAAAGUGUCCGAAAAUUACUAACGUAAACGUGACGAAUAAUUAGCCCUGUAUUAGUUUUUUUUAUAUUAUUUUUUAGUAGUUAUUUUUUCUUUCGUGCUUUUUCUUCUUUCUAUGGUCACCAAGAUGAGGAGUCUGUGGUUGUUUUUCCUCGUUGGGCUGACGACUGGGUUUAUCGGUGAAAAACUCUUUGUCAUGUCCCAGUUGACCACGACAGAUGACCUGUACAUAGAGGACCAAGCUUCAGGUGAUUUCCCUGUAGAUGAUGAAGAUGGCGAGGAUCAGUCAGGCUCGGGUUCUGGAGACUAUGAUUACAGCAACUACUUGAAUGGAAGUGAAGUGCUUAGGCUCCUCAACCUCUCUAAAGAAAUGCUGCCAUUCCAACCACAGCCAUCAUCAGCUUCUCCUUCAACCACUGUGUCACACAGCCAGGAUGCAGCGAAAGGCAGUGAUGAUGAGAUAUCAAAUCCAACAUCCAACUUCGUCAUCAGUACUUCCAGUCCCAGUGAAGAGCGUCUUGUUGAAACUACCACAGCUGAUUUCAUCAUGGACACCACUUUGUCCAAUUAUGUGGAAGAGGACACAAGUGUUGAUAUGAUGAAAAAGGAUAGGAAAGUCCUGGUCAAAGACGUUAAUAAUGAAGUUUAUGCCUCAGGAGGUCGAGACAGCAGAUUUCAUGGUGUUGGCACUCAUGAAGAAGUGACCUCUGAGAGCAUGUGGGAGAGGACUGAAGUGCUCGCUGCUGUGACAGCAUGCGGAGUGGUUGGAUUCCUCUGUGCUGUUUUCCUCCUCCUCCUCCUUGCCUACCGCAUGAAAAAGAAGGAUGAAGGAAGCUAUGACCUUGGCGACAACAAACUUUCUGCAACAGCUUAUCACAAAGCGCCCACAAAGGAGUUCUACGCCUGAACUGACCAACAGAGACAAUCUAUUGUGGAAAUUGUCUCCUGUCAUUUGCGAUUGAAAGCGGAUCUAUACACAGCUGAAGAUUAUUCCUUUUCAUGAAGUUAGAAGUCAUUUUUCAUCAUUCCCUACCCUUGUUCUCUACCAUCUUCUUACCUUUUAUUCUUCAUAAUGUUCAGCUUUUGUGCAGAAGUGGUCAUAGUGAAACUUAACUAGAAGGAAAAAAAAAAAACAAGAUUUUCUAAUCAAUUCCUCAUUCUCUGCUAUAGAAAGACAUUGGCAUAAAUACACAUCCUACAUUUUACGAAAGGAAUCUUUUCUUUGGUAUCACAAUGGAUCAAAGCUAUUUUCAUGUUUGUAAAGUUGUCAGCCUUUAACUUCUGGUAACAGUGUGCCUUUAGACCUACAAUACUAUUGAUUAAAAUUGACAUUGAAUCUGAUAGUCAGUUUAAAGGAUCUACAGCUCAACAAGCCCUGUUCAACCUAACAGCUUGAGAAAAAUGACUGAAAUGUCACUAAGAUAGCUUUAAUCUUUUCGGAAUGCUUUUUCAUGUAAAUGGUACUACAUAUAGGAUUAGUAUUAUGAAGGGCCUUCCAAAAGCUGAUACCAUUUCCCUUUGAGGUAAUGUUUUCUCUGCAUGUUAACAGCUGCAGUAUGUGUGUUACAUUUAAUUUUUUUUCUAUGCUUCUUUGCUAAAAUUAAUAUUUUGUUAUGAGAAUGAGUGUCUUCAUGUACUGUCCAGUAUUUGCUACAAGAGAUUUUGUUACACUGCAGGUACAAACGUGUGUUUUCUUACAGAUUUUUUGACAUUUAUAGAAGUGACCAAAUAUAGAGGUUCAUUAUUUGUCUUAUGCAAAUUCUGUAGCAUUUUAAAUGUGUUGUAAUGUUUAGAGAUUAUAUUUCUGUCUCAACAAGGAAUUCUGUUGUCAGGCUACAAGAUUGCCUUGGCUCAAGUCCCUCAGGCGUAUAUCAAUAUAACGUUUUUAAUAUUUUCAGGAUUAUUUUAUUUCUUUUCUUUCAUUCUCCAGAGACGUGGAGCAGGUAGAGGCAAAGAUAGUGACUAUAAUUCAGAACCAGAAGAAGUGACCAAUGUUUUCUGACCACAGUCAAAGCACAUUCCUUUCUGACUGUCCACCUCAUGCAGCUAUAAUAGUGGGUUUGAAGUUAAAGGGACAGUGGAGAUAUUUAGUGUAUUUGAAAUUUUAUAGUGUCACAGUUUACACAGCAAGAUUAAAAAACUAAAAAUGCUGUCAGCUCUAGAUGUAUGUUUAAUGCUUAUAUAAUAAAAUACUUUUCUUCAGCCAAUGUACAUGUGAUCAGGUCUAAGAGUAUUCCCAGAUUUUUGGUCUUUACCUCAAAUAGCCAAAGGAAUGGAAGGAGCUGUGAGAAGGGUACAGGAGGCAGGUCAUAAUGACAAAGGGGUAGUUUUACAUUUUGAUAGAACAUAAAUGUACACCCCGCGGUUAUUUUGUUUAGAAAAAUACUGUGAAUUUGCAGUAUGCAUGAAAUUUUAACUGCUACCUGCUGCUGUCAAAGCAGGAUUUCUAUAUUACAAAGGUCACAUUACUAUUUUUUUAAGCUAACAUCAGUUAUCACCAUGACUGAGGUCAGAGGCUGGAGCAAGUGCAAAUAGACUUACCCUUAUUCAUCCCCAAUUUCCCUUUUAGUUCAGAUAAUUUUUCUUUAAUGUCAACAAGUAUUGUCAAACAUAGAUUUAUGCAUUGGUGUACAAUUUAAAAUUUUCAUUGUCAUUUUGACAUAUCAAAUUUUUUUUGUCCAUCUUCAUAGAAUUAACACAUUAAAAGCAAUUUGCAAUUAUCUAAAUGGAAAUGCAAACUUCCUGGAAUGAUGUGGUCACCAAGACUUACUGUUAGCAUACGAUACUCUUGAAUCCACAGUAGUGCCUCAGAGUGCUUUUCAUAUACUUUCGUCUACAGUGUGAUUACAGUAUUUGUGUCAGGCUUUGAACUUUGAGCUGUUCAGAUCACAGCUGCUUGUUCUCGGCUGGAUUCCUCUGUGCUGGUGGGGUUAAGGAAUCUGUUCACAUAAA